GUAAUUUUCGAUUCAAGCUACUUUUUUUCUUAGAUAUCGUCAAAACCCGCAACAAUCAAUCAAUCAUGCACAUUUGCAGAAGUUUCUCAUUUAUUAUAAUAGAAUAUAUGAAGUCUCACAAUAAGUCGUAAUGCAUCUUUCAUACCACUAAGUGAUAAGAGUCAUCCGUAUCAAACAUGUCUAUUGAUUUAUUUUUUAUUCUAAAGAUAUGAUUAACAUCAAAAAACGAGGAAGCCUAAGUUUUCAUCUUUCUAUCACCAAGGCCUUUUAGUAAAUUCUUUAUUAUUACCCUGUUGACUGUUCGGCGGCAGUUCGAGUAUCUGUGUACUUUUUUAAUUAUUUAUUUUUCUCUAAAACCCGUUUUGACGUAAAUGAAAUCGCGGAAGAAAACUGUCUAAGUAUAUAACUCAAUAAGUUCACAAUAUUAUUUAUAAACUAUUUCUUUUUUAUUCUUUGUUGUCGUUUACAUGGAAAAAAUAAAACAUAGAUCCAGAAGAAGAAAAACUGUCAAUUGUCAUCACCAAAUUAAAAUAUAGCAAAAUAAAUUGAGAUGAUAAUAAAGACGUAAUCAAAAUGGAAAAAUAUUUUUGUAAUAAAAUGAAGUGUUCAAAAAUAAAAUAAUUGUGUCUAAAGUUGUGAGCGAUGUGUGAUUGUGCUGAACAGUUGGAAAAAGAGAGGCAAGCUCCAUCGAGAAGUCCACCUGCAAGAAGACUUGCAGCAAGACCUAGUCGUGAGUCAUCUGGUUGGUUUUGGAGCUGGCUUUGGGGCUGGGCAGGGGAUGGCAAAAAUUGGUUCCCCAUACUAGGAGGCGCCACUUUGUUAGCAUUACUAGCAUUUUUGUACAAGAGCAUGGGCAAAAUGAAGACAUUAGUUCGGAAAACCAAUUCUUGCUCGACUAUUCCUGUCAAAAAACAGCCGACUAAACCUGAAAAGUUCAAACCCUGUAAAUGUGAAGACUGAUGAUUAAAUAAAUUUUAUCAAUUAAUAUAAAUGACAUGUAAUAUCUGUUCUUUUGUAUUAAUUUUUCGCGAAAAUAAAACACAGAUGGAAACAAAA